UCAUGCAGUGCUGUGCAGCUGGAUUUACGCACGUGUGUUUAUUUAUUUAUUUAUUAUUUUGUGGAUCCACAAAGAUUAAAAAAAAUCUUUGUGGAUUUUAAGUCAUAAUUGUUCAAUCCCAUUAUUUUUUGGAUCUUAUGUGGAUUCCACAUGAAACCUCUUUGCAGGUCUGCUGAAGAUGUAGAACAGUAGCUCCUCAAUCCAAGUUCUUCACCUCUCUUUGUGGAUCUCAAGUGAAAAUCCAUCACUGAGUAAAAUGAAGAGAAAAUCUGUUAAAAGAUCUAAAAGCAAAUCAUCAUCAGCAGGCUCUCCAGAUGAAGAGAACCCAGAAUCAGAAAACAUACCAACUUCCCCGAGUCCUAUACAAAAUAAAUCUGUAAAGCAUUCAAGGACAAUUUUAGCAAGUCGUUCUCCUUCACAUCUGAAUAUCACUGCUUCAGCGGAUGGUGGAAGUCCAUUCAGUGCUCCAACAAUAAACCAGACAAGUGUGAAAGGAAACAUAACCAUAAAUCAAAACUUUACGAUGGUCGUGCCGAAUCCCUCUGGAAAGAAUUCUUUGGUUGAGCAAAAGGAUACAGAUCAAAUUCCUCUUCAGAGUCAGCACAAGACUGAACAGAUCCUUCAAAAGUUUAGAAGCCCAAAAAUUAUCCAUCAUCGAAGGCGCCUGUCCUUCAGAAAUGAUGAGGAACAACCAACCUUAACUCUUGCAGAAGUGAAAAAGAACACAAAUUACUUAAGAGAGAUAACUGUUACUGGGAAGAUCUCGGAGAGACGACCUGAAAUUAACAUUCUCCCCAGUGAAGAAAGGAAGCAUCGUUCUGAUUAUGCCCUGAAUGACAACACUGCAGAAGUUCACUUAAUUUUAGCAGGUGACUAUAAGGUGAACCUCGACCAAUGGUAUACACUCAAAAGUGUUUCUAUCUGUGACUUUGGCGAGGGAAAUGUGCUCUGCUCAACUGAACUCACAACACUAGAGCUAUUCACUCCUUUAGGAGAACAUUUACAACAGCCUGGAGAGACAAUUAUCUCAGGGGAGGUCACGGAGGCCUUAGUAACUUUUGAAUAUCUGUGUUCAUGUGGUGCCUUACUAUCUCUUUCGGACAAUAAAUUGUUUCGCAUGAAAUGCGGAGAGUGCAACAAAAGCUCCAGAUGUGCAAACAUUAAAAACAGGGCCAAUGCCGACAUAACCAUCAAACAAUCCCAUGGAUCAGAACACAGAUUUGUGUUGACUGAUUCACUGUUGCACUCCAUCGUCAGCUUUAAGAAAGAGGGAUAUUGUGAGUCACCCAUUAGAGGAAAGUCUUUUGAGAGCUGGAAGAAUAACAGUAGUCUGUGUGGAUGGUGAACCUCAGUGUGUGCAAAUGGAGACUGUUGAAUAAACCAAAGAUACUUUAAAAUCCUGGGUUUCUGGAUGGAAACGUACAUGCUCUCUGUCGUGAAGCCUCGCCCUUAAAGCUGCAGAAAAGUGGAUGAGCCCACUUGUUCUAAGUUUGUUCCCCACUACGAUGCAACAUCAAUAUGUUUGUCUGUUUGUCCAUUUGUUUUAGACCUUGUAAAUAACAUAUUCUAGGAUCAAAUCUCUUAAUCUCCUUUAAAGAUUAUUAUUAAGAUGAAUUUUAUUAGUUACACUGAACAAUAGA